CGCCAAUUCAUUUCUGACCUUCCACAAAGCAACCGGCAGUGGAAGGAAAAAUUCGUUUUCAUAAAAUUUCCUAUGGUUUCUCCUUUGGCCAGCAUACCAUGGAAUGACCAUAUUCUGAAGCCGCAAUUUACCGAGCCGGCCACCGCCCUAGACUUGGAAGAGAGUUUAGAGAAGCUUCUCCGAGGGGACCCGUUCACCGGGCAAAUGUUUCAUUACGGGGCUUGGGUCUGGCGGAUCCAACCGGGUGGCCAGGGUACCCCUAUGGCUCAUGAAGCAGCGGGGCACGGGGUACCCGCCCCGGGCAACACUGCAGAGGCCGGGGGCCCCAGCCACCCAGACAUGAAUUUCAGGGCGUUCAACAUGCCGAAGACAACCGGUGGUUCUUCUUCCUCUGCCCCCAAAACUGUCCCGGUCCAGAAGGAGACAAUUGAAGUUCAUUCCGAGGAGGAAGCCCCUUUGACCGGGGGAUCUGCCCAGACUGGCAAGGCACCGGCGAAUCCCUCCCCCAACAAGGGAAAAGGGAAAAAGAGAGUGAAGCAUGCGGCCACCACCCAUCCAUCGGUCAAGAAGAGAAGGGGAGAAAACCACCCGGCGGAAGAGUCGCUGGAAGAGCUCUGGGUCAAAUUGACCCUUAAAUUGAAAGAGAUGGGCGAAGUUAGGCCCGAUACCCUGGAGCAACUCACCGAAGAUUCCUCCUCCCGGCUGGCUCAGCUGGAAGAGAAGUUGAAGCGAUCUGAGGCCCAUAACCGGGAGCUUAAGGAACUGACGGCCCGGCAGCUAGACGAGAUGGCCGGCCUUUCAGCGAUCGCCGGUGGGGCCAAGGCAGAGGCUCUCCAGCUGAAGGAGGAGAACCUGAAGCUGAUGGAGGAAUUGGAGUCAAAGGAGCGAGAGUUUCCCGGCCGUGCUCGCCGAUGGAUGGGGGAUAACCUAGAGGAGGUCGCCCGAGUAAUCACCUCUGACCAGGAGAAGACGGUGGAGGCUUUCAAGUUGAUCUACCGGGAGGAGCAGGGAAAGGAGAUGAUCACGCAGAUAGGCUCCUACGGCUUCAUGUCUGGGCAGAAAAGAGACCGGGAGGCUACACACGCAAUCUUGACUGAACGUGACCCGACCUUUUCUGCUGAAGCAUACGGUCUGGCCCCCAUCCCUGAUGAAGAACCUGAACCCCCUUUCCCUUUGCAGUGAAUUCUCCCCGGCUGCGCCCGGUCGUCUUUUGUAAACUUGAAAACUUGAAAUUUCCCUGGGAAUGCCCGGUGUAUUUGUAAACAAUUAACAUUCUUAUUUUGCUUGAAUGUCAUGUUUGUUUUUCGUACCGGUUAAUCUUCCAUAUCUGCUUACUCCUUGGUU